AUGGGGGGCAGGGGAUCCACUCACGCUCCCCACGUGUCCCGCAGCGUGCGCGAGGGGCGGCUGGAGCACACCCUGGCCCGGGACCUGGUCCCUGGGGACACCGUCUGCCUGGCCGUGGGGGACAGAGUCCCGGCCGACCUGCGGCUCUUCGAGGCUGUGGACCUUUCUAUUGACGAAUCCAGUCUCACAGGGGAGACAGCUCCUUGCUCUAAGUCUACAGCUCCUCAGCCUGCAGCAACCAAUGGAGACCUGACUUCAAGGAGCAAUAUUGCUUUCAUGGGAACGUUGGUCAGAUGUGGAAAAGCAAAGGGGAUAGUUAUUGGAACAGGAGAAAACUCUGAAUUUGGGGAGGUUUUCAAAAUGAUGCAAGCAGAAGAGGCUCCAAAGACUCCUCUGCAGAAGAGCAUGGAUCUCCUGGGAAAACAGCUUUCCUUGUAUUCCUUUGGUAUAAUAGGGGUUAUUAUGCUGGUUGGCUGGCUGCAGGGCAAGCACAUCCUGGACAUGUUCACCAUCGGUUGCAGUUUGGCUGUAGCUGCAAUCCCUGAAGGACUCCCAAUUGUGGUAACAGUGACCCUGGCCCUUGGUGUGAUGAGGAUGGUGAAGAAACGGGCUAUUGUAAAAAAACUGCCUAUUGUGGAAACUUUAGGUUGUUGCAAUGUAAUUUGCUCAGAUAAGACUGGAACUCUGACAAAGAAUGAAAUGACUGUUACUCAUAUUUUUACUUCAGAUGGGCAGCACGCUGAGGUUACUGGAGUAGGCUAUAACAGGUUUGGAGAAGUGAUGCUUGAUGGUGAAGUUAUUCAUGGUUAUAACAACCCGUCCAUUAGCAAAAUUGUUGAGGCCGGUUGUGUGUGCAAUGAUGCUUUGAUUAGAAACAACACGCUGAUGGGGAAGCCAACAGAAGGGGCUUUAAUUGCACUUGCCAUGAAGAUGGGCUUAGAUGGACUCCAGGAGGACUACAUCAGGAAGGCAGAAUACCCCUUCAGCUCGGAACAGAAGUGGAUGGCCGUUAAGUGUGUUCACAGAACACAGCAGGACAAACCAGAGGUUUGCUUUAUGAAAGGUGCUUAUGAGCAAGUCAUUAGGUACUGUACAUCAUACAACUGUAAGGGGCAGACCCUGCCUCUUGUUCAGCAACAGAGGGAGCAGUACCAGCAGGAGAAGACCUCUAUGGGCUCUGCAGGACUUAGGGUGUUGGCCUUGGCUUCUGGUCCUGAGUUAGGACAACUGACAUUUCUGGGACUUGUGGGAAUAAUUGAUCCUCCCCGUACUGGUGUGAAGGAAGCUGUGACUACACUUAUCACCUCAGGAGUUGCAAUAAAAAUGAUCACUGGAGAUUCUCAGGAGACUGCAGUUGCCAUUGCUAGUCGACUAGGAUUGUAUUCCAAAAAUUCACAGGCAAUCUCUGGAGAAGAAAUAGAUGAUUUGGAUAUUCAGCAGCUUUCUCAAAUAACACCAAAGGUUGCAGUAUUUUACAGAGCCAGUCCCCGACACAAAUUGAAAAUUAUAAAGGUAAGUCUCACUGGAGGCUCAGGUGCUGGACUGUUGCUGUGGGCCCUCUUUGUGGUGCUUUACCUAAAUUUUUAA